AUGGACGAGCAAGGAUCCAGUAAUAAUAGUGAUGAUAACCAAGAAAUCCCACUUUUAGGAACUUUUGAUGGUAUUGGAAAUAACUGCAAUAACAUGAUCGGUGUUGGAAUAUUCUCAAGUCCUGGUUUAGUUUUAAAAGAAAUUCAGUCACCUGGGAUAGCAUUAAUUUUAUGGGCAGUGGGUGGGAUUGCCGCUUUAUUUGGUUCACUCACUUACGUCGAGUUAGGAAGUUCUAUAUCGGAUGGGGGUGGAGAAACUGUGUAUCUGGAAAAAGCAUAUCAACGUCCUAAGGCAUUAUUUAGCUAUAUCUUUAGUUUUACCAUGAUUGUGGCAAUACGACCAGCCUUUAUAUCCGCAGUAGCCAAUGUUUUUGCACAAUAUUUCUUAUACCUAAUCAAGGCUAAAGAACGUUGUGACAUUGAUUAUCUGCAUCCUAAUAAAUAUAUUGCUGAUUGGAAUUUUUGGCAAUUACGGCUUUGUUCGUUAGCCACAAUAUUUAUAGUUACAUUUUACCACAUUCAAUCUAACAGAUGGGCAAACCAUAUAAAUCAAACGCUCACAAUUAUAAAGACGUUGACACUGCUUGUGAUAUCGAUUAUUGGAUUAGCAACAAUUCCUCAUGUUAUUAAUGAUCCAGAUACGAAUUGGAAGAAUAUGUUUCCUAGUAAUGCGACAAUUAGUGCAAGCUCUUUAACUGCUGCACUUAUUGCUAUUUUAUUUGCGUAUGAUGGAUGGAAUAAUUUAAAUUAUAGUUUGGAUGAAUUCCGCAAUCCUCAAGAAGAAUUGAAGAAAUCGAAUAACCUUGGUGUUAAUAUUGCAUACACGAAUGUACCAUUAUCAAAAAUAACUGGCUCUAAUGAACCUUCAGAAAUCAUUGCUGGCCGAUUCGCUUUCCAAGUCGGUGGCUUUAAGUUUGCUCGUGCAUUGUCCUUUUUCGUCUGUCUAUCAGCUUUUGGAGCGGUGGCUGCAGACGUAUGGGCCGGAUCACGAGUAAUUGUAGCCGCUGCUAAAAGAGACUAUAUUCCUUUCUCGUCAUGGUUACGAAGAUGGGAUCAAAAUACAGAUUCUCCAAUUAAUGCAUUGCUAGCACAAGCGAUUUGGUGUGCACUGAUCAUUAUUUUCUAUCCAUAUAAUGAUCCAUUUGCAUUUUUUGUUAGUUUGGGCGUGUAUUGCAUGUGGAUAUUUUUAUUUCUGAGCGCUUUGGGACUACUGAUUAUGCGCUUUACUUAUCCUAACCUACAUCGUCCGUUCAAAGUGUGGCGCAUAAUACCCAUAGUAUUUAUUAUAUUUGCGCUAUUCAUCAUAUUUGGAUCUUUUGUAAACGACAACACACCACAAGUACAUCCAGAUCAACCGAACGCUGAUCAACAAUGUGAAAGUUCUAAAGAUAUCACAUAUGCAAUAUAUAAAUAUUACCUUCCUUAUAUUGUCGGUUUUGUGGUAAUAGGAGUUGGUGGAAUUUGUUGGACCCUUCUAUACGAGUUAGGUGUUCGGAUUGUAAUAAGAUCAAAUACAGCUGGCAGUUCAUCACGUAAUUCGUCGGAUGUUAUCCCCGAAGCAGGCGGCUGA